AUGGCGCAGGAAAAUCUCUCCUUCUUUCUCGCCGAGCGGCCGACGGGCGACAUCAUCGCCGGACGCACCCUCCAGCAAAAAAAGUCACCCGUUCCCUCAGCAGGCGACCUCAAGGACGGCCAAGUGCUCGUCGAGGUCCUCUAUCUUUCUCUCGACCCUGCGAUGCGCGGUUGGAUGACUGAUGCCCGCUCCUACUUGCCACCCGUCAAGAUUAACGAUAAGAUGCGCGGGGGCACCGUCUGUCGCGUCAUUGCGUCCAAGAGCACCAAGGCCAAGGAAGGCGACAUCGUCUCCGGCUACGCCGGAUGGACCGAGUACGCCAUCUUGGAUGACAAGGACCUCGACCUCGCCUCCAACUACCCGGGUCUGAAGGAUCCCCUCGACAUGCUCUCGGCUCUCGGCAUGACGAGCUUGACCGCUUGGGUCGGCAUGACCAAGAUUGGUGAACCCAAGGCCGGCGAGACCGUCGUCAUCUCCGGUGCCGCGGGCGCGACGGGCAGCGUCGCCGGUCAGAUUGCCAAGAUUGCCGGUGCCAGAGUCGUCGGACUUUGCGGCAGCGACGACAAGUGCAAGUGGCUGGUGGAUGACCUGGGAUUCGACGUCGCCUUGAACUACAAGGCGGCCGACUUCAAGGAUAAGUUCAAGGAAGCGACCAAGUCCUACAUUGACGUCUACUGGGAUAACGACAUCCGCUCAUCGUCGCCAGUCGGUGGCGAUAUUCUGGACCUCGCCCUGUCGAGGGCCAAGGAGCAUGCCCGUUUCGUCGAAUGCGGCAUGAUCAGCCAGUACAACACGUCGACGCCAAAGGGCCCCGUCAACAUCUCCAAGGUUAUCACCAUGAGGAUCCGCAUGCAGGGCUUCGUCGUCAUCGAUCACGCCAAGGAUUAUCCUCGCGCCCGCAAGGAGCUCGCCCAGUGGCUCGCCGAAGGGAAGCUCAAGAAGACAGAGUACGUCCUGAAGGGGGGUCUGGCCGUUGCAGAGCAGGGCCUCAUCGAUCUCUACAAGGGCAUCAACCAGGGCAAGCUCGUUGUCGAGGUCAAGUCAAUGGACGGACGUUCAAGUUUCGUGAUGGCGCGAUGGAAUAUCGUCGAAAUACGGCAUGUCAUGGCAGGCGUGCCGGCACUUACUGCUGUCCCUAAAGCAAGCGCUUUCGUCACUGGCAAAGAGGCUUGCUAUAUAUUCUUCCCCGUCUCCUCUUGUCUAAUGGUCAUUGUCUGCAUCCUCAUCGUCGACUUCAUCUUGACCUUGCCUUGUCCUUCGCUUGACCUUCAUUCCGUUCGCAAACCUAAAUUAUUUCGCAUCAUGGCUCAACAUGGAUUCUGGGAGAUCCCCUCUGACGGCGAACCUGAACGGGAAAUCAUGCUCGUAUCAGGCUACAUCCUGUCUGACUCGUUUGAACAUCUCCUACUGGCAUUGCAGUAUCAACCAAUCAACCCUGAGCCCAUGUACCUGUUGAUGCCUUCCUCCGCCAUCAUCACACGUCUCAUCGAAUCCAAGUCGUACAGUCUCAACAUUGAUGAAGCUGACAACGAAAAUAUUUGCUUUCACCAGCGAAUGGGGGGUCUGCGAAAUGGUCAACUUUUGCGUGGAUACAUCAUCCAAAGUAUGUUCAACAUGGAAACGAUGAUGACCAACGACGAAAUGUCAUUCGUUCGUCAGCUUCAUGGGGACGUCGUCACCAUGGCGCACAAGUUCAAUUCGCUUGAAAAGAAACUGCCGCGGACAUUGAUGAAUUACAAUCUUCAAUCAGCCAUACACGAUGUCCUGACUGCGCAAUGGUGGUACCUGGCCGGCGUCGAUUCGAGUGCCGACGGCUGGUCGGGCACCAGGGGGAGAACGUCCAUGGUGGGCAUGAAGAUCCCGCGUGGCGUGAGACUUGUUGAAGGUACAAACAUCACGCCAUUCAACUUUGGCCCAACUGGAGAAGUUAAAAGGCUGAUGUAG